AACACGAAUUGCGACCCGGAAGUGUCUAAACUUCACGUGUUGGUGCGUGUAAAAAUGUCUACCGGCGUUGCAGCGAAAAGACCCAAAACUGUGCCCUCUCAGCCGGAAGAGAGGGUGGACUGGAAGAAAAGGAAAGCAGAAAUAAAAGAGGCUAAGAAGAAAAAGAAAGAGGGUAAGCUGAUCAAACAGUUGGAAAAGCAGAAACAGCAAGACGCCGCAGAUGGAGCGCACCAUGAACAAAGCCAAAACAAAAAAGGUCGGGCUUACACGGUGAGCGUGGCUCUGCCAGGCUCUGUCCUGGAUAACGCUCAGUCCACUGAACUCCGUACAUACCUGGCUGGACAGAUCGCCCGAGCCUGCGUCGUGUUCUGUGUCGAUGAGAUCGUCGUGUUUGACGAACAAGGGGAAGAUGUCAAGAGCGUUGAAGGAGAAUUUAAAGGUGUUGGGAAGAAAGGACACGCUUGUAUUCAGCUUGCCAGAAUACUUCAGUACCUGGAAUGUCCACAGUAUCUGCGCAAGUGGUUUUUCCCAAAGCAUCAAGAUUUACAGUAUGCAGGUUUGCUGAACCCUUUAGAUAGCCCUCACCACAUGAGGAUCGAUGAUGAAUCAGAAUACCGGGAAGGAAUCGUCCUCGAGAGGCCGAUCAAACAAGGAAAAGGCUCAUUGGUUAACUGUGGAAUGAGGAAGGAUGUUCGGAUUGAUAAGCAGCUGCAGUCUGGACUUCGAGUCACAGUGAAGCUCGAUAAGACACAGAAUCAAGAGAGUAAACUGUGUAAAGGCGUGGUGGUGGCUCCUCACCUGCCCAGGACCGAAGGAGGUCUCUACUGGGGUUACACUGUCCGCCUGGCAUCUUGCCUCAGUGCAGUUUUUACAGAGAGUCCGUAUGAAGACGGAUACGAUCUGACGGUUGGCACAUCAGAGCGAGGCAGCAACGUCGACCAAACAACUCUGUCACCUUUCAAGCAUCUUUUGGUAGUUUUUGGAGGUCUUCAAGGACUGGAGGCCAGUGUAGACUCUGACCAAAACUUGGAUGUGACUGACCCCAGUGUUUUAUUUGACCUUUACCUCAACACAUGCCCCGGUCAGGGCAGCAGGACCAUUCGCACAGAGGAGGCCAUCUUGGUUUCCAUGGCGGCAAUGAGACAGAAGAUCACAGCAGCCUUUUCAGAUGUUUCCAACGGUUCAUUAAAGAAUUAGUGAUGGAGGAAAACAAAGACAUGCUGGCAGAAGUUUUAUCAUCUAACUGGUCUUCACCAUGGAGUUGUUCAUCUUCCACUGUAAGACCUUUGUAGCAUUUCUUACUGUCUAAACAGCUUUUAUGUCAAACUUCACAUCAGUGCAUCAUGUGCAGUCAGCACUGGAUACCUUCUUAUUUGAUCUCCGAUCUGUAUGUCUGUGUUUGUAGAUGUUUGAUAAAUUGUACAUAUUUAAAUACAAAUACUAUCCAGAGACUUGAACUGACUCAUGUUGUAUUUUUCAAAGCAUAUAAUUUGUUUUUGAUAAAACAAUACAGAACUCUUCAUGAAAAAUAGCAUUGAGACUGACACAACAUGGACAAACAAAUGGCACUGAAUAUUUUCAUCAACAAACACCAGAGUCGGCUUCAGGUUUCUGAGCGAGUAGGUCAAACACAUGCCUGUGUUAAGAGAAAGUGGCCCAUCUGCUUUUAAUGCAAAACUACGGGCUUUUACAGAUUUCACAUUGUGUUGCAGAUGCAGUACUUUCCAGCUGCCAUGCAUGCCGCAUGCAUCUGCCCCUUUUUAUGUGAGUAUUUUUCCUCAUUCAGACAAGAAAGCCAGGGACAGAUUCCAGUUUACUGCCAGGUUUACACUAGGCCUGCGGUAUUUUUUUGGGUUAGUUGAAGGACAACUUUUUGUGGAUGGGCUUGAUAUGCACAAGCUUUCCAGAUUAUUUGGUACACCCUGAAAAAACUGAUAACAACAGUCCUGCAAUAAAUAACCUUAUAAUGUUCAGUUUUAGAGAGGUGGCCAUUCAACUUUUACUUUUUUAGUUUGAAGUGCUAGUGAAUUGUAU